AGCGAUCCUAUGAAGUCACAUUAACAGCAGUCUUUUCAAAUAUUCUCAUAUCUUUGGAAAGGAUCACUGAUAUUUAUUUAAGGACCGCGGUGCGUUUCAUGAGAAAGAAGCAUAACGCAUUGCAUGUGUACUUUGAUUUUUGCACUGAGAAUAAUGCUUUUUCUUGGGAAUCUGCUUAAAACGCAAGUUUCAGCGACAAGGAUAUUGAUGACUGCUUUCACCAUGGUGCUUGUUUUGAAUCUUCAAAGGGUAAUACCAGAAGUUAUAACAGCGUCAUUUGAGAUAAGACUUUUUCAUUACUUGCACAUCAGUGUUCUGGAAAAAAGACAUGUUGUCGAGCCCAUCGAUUGCAGCUUUGCUUGUCUACAAAAUGUAUUCUGUGUUUCAUUCAAUGCUGCUGCCGUUGCUGAUGGAAAAGGGAAGUAUUGGUGCGAACUUCUGUCGUCCAACAUGCACAGCGAUGCUGCAAAACUAGCGGCAAAUUAUCAAUCACACCACUACAGCCUUUCGCAGAAUUCUUGCGGCGGUGAAAUCUGCUCGAGUCAAGGGAAGUGUAGAGCAAUAUCCUCUAGAGACGGACCCUUCGAGUGCGUCUGUCAUCCCGGAUAUGUUGGAAAACAUUGUGAAAUUGCUGCACCGGAGUGCUUGAAUUAUAAAGUGCUACGCGAACCAGAUCGGCACAUCUCCUACGGAAGAGGUAAAAAAGAAGACAGUUCCUUGAUCCCUGGCUGGUACAGAUUCCAGUCCUAUUUAUACGAAAAGAUGCUGAACUAUAGCGUCGGUCAUCACAAAUGCCACACAGACCUAACAGGCUGGUUAAAAGGCUCACAUCCAUCGAUAGAGGAUGGUAUUGUCGACAGGGAAGUUUGUUUCUUUGGAUACAACAAAUGUUACAGAAGAGUUCACGUUCGUGUGAGAAAAUACCCAGUGGGUUGCACCAAUUACACUGUGCUGAGUGAACCCGAUCGCCAUACAUCGAAUGGAAGAGGAGAGAGCUCGGACGCAUCUCUCGUACCUGGCUGGUACAGAUUUCAGUCUGGUUCAUACACUAAAAUGCUGGACCACUGCGUCAGCCACCACAGAUGUCACACAGACAUAACAGGCUGGUUAAACGGGACUCAUCCAUCCCUCGAGGAUGGCGUUGUUAACAGGCAGGCGUGCUUUCACGGUUAUCAUAAUUGUUGUUACAGACGAGUUCAAGUUCAAGUGAGAAGAUGUGAAGGAAUUCUUGUGGCGCUGAAAUCUGCUCGAGUCAUGGGAAGUGUAGAGCAAUAUCAUUUAGAGACGGACCCUUCGAGUGCGUCUGUCAUCCCGGAUAUGUUGGAAAACAUUGUGAAAUUGGAUUUUAACUUUUUUGCACGUAUUUCAGCUGCACCGGAGUGCUUGAAUCAUAAAGUGCUAAGCGAACCAGAUCGGACCAUCUCCUACGGAAGAGGUAAAAAAAAAGACAGUUCCUUGAUCCCUGGCUGGUACAGAUUCCAGUCCUAUUCAUACAAAAAGAUGCUGAACAAUUGCGUCGGUCAUCACAAAUGCCGCACAGACCUAACAGGCUGGUUAAACGGCUCACAUCCAUCGAUAGAGGAUGGCAUUGUCGAUAGGGAAGUUUGUUUCUUUGGAUACAACAAAUGUUGUUACAGAAGAGUUCACAUUCGUGUGAGAAAAUGUAAUGGGUUUUACGUGUAUUUCUUAAAACCAUCUCCUCCAGGAAAUUUUCGUUACUGUGCAGUGUAGUGGACCCUAGUUACUCUAAAAUGGCCGGAAAAAAUUGCACUUCCCUUAGAAAGAAAGUAAAGUGCUCUGAAAAUACUUGCUAUAAAUGCCCGGUUUAAUAUUUUGGCCCGGCCACAUGUUGGGAGCAAUGAAACAGCACUAAGCUGGAUAAUGUUAGAAGAAUAGAGAAUGAAAGCUGCUUUUUAAUUUCAAGGUUGCUAAUGUAAAGUUCUGUUUAGCCAGCCGCUGUUUUUAAAAAAUG